CCGCGCAGCCUCGCCUGGGACCGGCGCCAGAGGAGGAGCGAUGGGGGCCGGCCGAGAUCCCAUCUAAUGCCGAGGCUGAAGGAAUCACGCUCCCACGAGUCACUUCUCAGUCCCAGUAGCGCGGUGGAGGCCCUCGAUCUCAGCAUGGAGGAGGAGGUGGUCAUUAAGCCGGUGCACAGCAGCAUCUUGGGACAAGACUAUUGCUUUGAGGUGACGACUGCAUCAGGUAGCAAAUGCUUCUCAUGCCGAUCUGCUGCAGAACGGGACAAAUGGAUGGAGAACCUGCGGAGAGCUGUGCAUCCCAACAAGGACAAUAGCAGGCGAGUCGAGAACAUGCUCAAGCUAUGGAUUAUUGAAGCGAAAGACGUACCAGCCAAGAAGAAGUACUUAUGCGAACUGUGCUUGGAUGAGGUUCUCUAUGCACGGACAACAUGCAAGUUGAAAACGGACAAUGUCUUUUGGGGGGAGCACUUUGAGUUCAACAACCUCCCAUCGCUGCGGAGCAUCACCAUCCAUUUGUACAAAGAGACGGACAAGAAGAAGAAGAAAGACAAGACCAACUUCAUUGGGCUGGUCAACAUCCCAGCAGGCUCUGUCACAGGACGGCAGUUUGUUGAGAAGUGGUACCCUGUGGUCACGCCUAACCCCAGUAAGGGCAAAUCUGGGGGACCCAUGAUCCGCAUCAAAUCGCGCUACCAAAGCAUGAGCAUCCUUCCCAUGGAGAUGUACAAGGAGUUUGCAGAGUACAUCACCAACAACUACCUGGCUCUCUGCUCAGUCCUGGAGCCAGUGUUGAGUGUGAAGAACAAGGAAGAGAUGGCCUCAGCUUUGGUCCACAUCCUACAAAGCACUGGAAAGGCCAAGGAUUUCUUGACGGACCUCAUGAUGUCUGAGGUGGACCGCUGUGGUGAAAAUGAGCACCUUAUUUUCAGAGAGAACACCCUUGCCACAAAGGCGAUCGAGGAAUACCUCAAGCUGGUGGGGCAGAAGUACUUGCAAGAUGCCUUAGGCGAGUUUAUCAAGGCUCUCUAUGAAUCAGAUGAGAAUUGUGAGGUAGAUCCUAGCAAAUGCUCAUCCUCAGAUCUCCUGGAGCAUCAAAGCAAUCUGAAGAUGUGCUGCGAACUGGCAUUUUGCAAAAUCAUCAACUCAUACUGCGUGUUCCCGCGAGAGCUGAAGGAAGUCUUUGCCUCCUGGCGGCAGGAGUGCAGCAGCCGUGGCCGCCCCGACAUCAGCGAGAGGCUAAUCAGCGCCUCCUUGUUCCUCCGCUUCCUCUGCCCGGCCAUCAUGUCCCCGUCUCUCUUCAACCUGCUGCAGGAAUAUCCUGACGAUCGCACGGCCCGCACUUUGACCCUCAUUGCCAAGGUCACGCAGAACCUGGCCAACUUCGCCAAGUUCGGCAGCAAAGAAGAAUACAUGUCGUUCAUGAAUCAGUUCUUGGAACACGAAUGGACGAACAUGCAGCGGUUUCUGUUGGAGAUCUCCAAUCCUGAGACUAUUUCCAACACGGCGGGCUUUGAAGGGUAUAUUGACCUGGGCCGGGAGCUGUCCACCUUGCAUUCUCUGCUCUGGGAGGUUAUUUCACAGCUGGAUCAGAACACAGCAACCAAACUUGGACCACUGCCACGCAUUCUUAGGGACGUCAACGCAGCGCUCAGCAACCCCUCCUGCGUGCAAGUCUCAGUCAGUGCCGAUCGGGCCGUGUCAACGCCAAAUGCCGGCAACAGCAUCUCUGUGGGGCUGCAGAAGAUGGUGAUCGAGAAUGAUUUAUCUGGUCUGAUAGAUUUCACACGGUUACCGUCUCCAACCCCUGAAAACAAGGACUUGUUUUUUGUCACAAGGUCUGCGGGGGCACAGCCCUCGCCUGCCCGGAGCUCCAGCUAUUCGGAGGCCAAUGAGCCCGAUGUGCAGAUGCCCAACGGCAGCAAGAGCCUCUCCAUGGUGGACUUGCAAGACAAUCGGAUUUUGGACAGUGGGGCCACCAUACCAGGAACGGCCGACUCUCUCAAUGACAGUCAGUCCUCCAUCGGGCAGGUCCCGGGUGUCUGGAGCACACGAACUCAGCAGAACAACGUGGCCGGCAUGGCCACCGUACGUAGGGUGGGCCAAACCCCAACGACACCCAAUGCCGAGAGUGCCCCCGGCAGGCCCCAGCUCUUGGCUCCCCUCUCCUUCCAGAACCCAGUUUACCAGAUGGCGGCGGGGCUGCCGCUCUCGCCCCGGGGCCUGGCGGACUCUGGGUCCGAGUGCCACAGUUCACUCAGUUCUCACAGCAACAGUGAGGACUUGGCAGCUAACAAACAUGGCUUCACCAACCCAGCUGCCACCGAGGACUUCAACCGGCGAGCAGGGGAAUUGGCCCGCCGGCAGCUCUCACUAACGGACAAGGCGGGGCAGCCAACAAUGCCCCGGCAAAACAGCGGCGGCCCCCAGAGGCGGAUAGACCAGCCACCGCCUCCUCCUCCUCCACCACCCCCCAUUACACGGGGCCGGACGCCACCCUCUUUGCUGAACACCAUGCAGUACCCGAGGCCGUCCAGCGGGGGCAUGCACUCCUCCUCGCCUGAUUGGCCAGGCAGUGGAGCACGGCUCCGGCAGCAGUCCUCCUCCUCCAAGGGCGACAGCCCGGAGAUGAAGCAGCGCACCAUGCACAAGCAGGCCCCUUCUCCUGUGAACCCCAAUGCCCUGGACCGCACGGCCGCUUGGCUGUUGAAUAUGAACGUGCAGCUCUUGGAAGACGAGAGCAGCGACCCCGAGCCCAAGCGCAGGGAUAAGGGCCGAACUAAAGACGAGCUCAGCCAAGGGGAAAAGUAUCAGCAGGACGUGGUGGUCUUGCAAGACAAGCUGCGCAUCUCCAACAAGAAGCUGGAGGAAUACGAAGCCCGCUUCAAGUGCCAGGAGGAGACCACCCAGAAGCUGAUGAUGGAAUAUCAAGCGAGGCUGGAGGAGAGUGAGGAGAGGCUGCGCCGGCAGCAGGAGGACAAGGAGAUCCAGAUGAAGGGGAUCAUCAGCAGGCUGAUGUCAGUGGAGGAGGAGUUGAAGAAAGACCACGCAGAAAUGCAGGCAGCCGUGGACUCCAAGCAGAAGAUCAUAGAUGCACAGGAGAAGCGCAUAGCCUCACUGGACGCAGCCAAUGCCCGGCUAAUGAGUGCCCUCACGCAGCUGAAAGAGAGGUACAGCAUGCAGACACGUAACGGGAUCUCCCCCACAAACCCAACUAAAUUGCAGAUUACAGAGAACGGCGAAUUCCGAAACAGCAGCAAUUGCUAACCCGUGGGAGUGGCUGCUGCAGGAAAGAGAGAGAGAGAGAGAGUCUGGCCCAAGAGAGUGCACAGCAGCAGCAGCCGCCGCAGGCGGAGGGGUGAGCCAUGUUCAGAGAUGGUUGCGGCCCCACCUGGCCCUCCCCACACUGGGGGGACACAACUCCCCCGCAGCCCUCUUCAUCAAAGAUGGUGCACGUGACAGUCAAGACCUGCGCCCCGUGCGUUCAAGGGACAGGAAGAUCAAGCCGCGUGCGAGGGAAUAAAACCACAAUGGCGGCGACCCAAAGUGUGGAAACGGAGUACCCUUUUCCUGCUCGAGCUGCCCAAAAGGACACAGCUGGGAUGCCGGAAGGGCCUUGUUGGUUUGUGAAGCGUUCUAGAGGGAGGAGCUGGGCCAGGCCAUGGGACACACUAGCACAAGCUCAUAGGAAGCAGGAAGGCUGCACUCAGCGGCUGGGGGUGGAGACGUCGGUUGGGGAGCCCUCCGGUGCUCCGCCACUGCGCUGGGCUCUUCUCUCUGGCUCAGUUCCACUUUCCACGCUCUGCCACCCAGAAACCCACCCAGCAGUUCUCAGUGGUUUUAUCUCUGCCUUGGGAUUUGUUCCGUCCCUUUAUCAAAAGUCCCUCCCAUUUCCAAGGGCUGCCCCAUUCUUCACAGUGAAUCUGCUCCUUCCCUUGAAAUGGGCAGGGCACGCUUUGCACGCAGAAGCGCCAUGCAUAUGACUCGGGCCAAGAGAGACCAUGCUGAAGGCUCUGCGCUGAGUCCCAGACAUCUCUGUUUGAAAGGACUGCAGGUGUUAGGAUAGAGAUCUCUGUGUGUCAGAGACCCUGGCAUGGCACUGCCACUCUGUCUAGAUAGCAUUGGCCUAGAUGGGUCAGUGCUCUGAUGCAGGAUAAGGUAGCUUCAUCCGAUGACUGUAGCUCGGUUGAAGUGAGAGCUUUGGUGUCGUGGCUAAAGGAACGAAAACCUCUCUAAGUUUGGGUUGUUCCCUAAUGUAGCAGGGGUACCCAAGUAGCGAGCCUCCAUGGCAGACCACUUCCCUUUCCAAUAUGCAUGGGACUCAGUCUCUCAAAUCUGGAUGCCAGAGAGUAGUACUCUGUACCUAGAUGGUCUUAAAUUUGCCGCCUUCUGGGGAAGUCACCGGUCUGUUUCUCUCCUUGAUAAGGAAGCAAUCACUUUGUUAAAACGAAAGUGAAUGUUCACGAGCAUUUUGCACCGAGGAAUCCUGUGCUGCGGAAGUCCCGGCUACAGCUGUGCCCCUGUGCAGUACAGUGCUUAGCCUCACAAUUGGUGCCCGUCUUGGCCCAGAGGCCUUCUCUGGUGUGGCUUUCUUGAGAAGACCCCAGCAACACCGGGCUGCAUUUGUUGAGCUCAUAGUCAAGAUUUUGUCUGGUGGGAUCAGUGAAGUUGCCAGGGAGCGGCUCACCUGUUUUCAUGGUGUUAGGGAGGUGUGGCCCCAGAAAGAAGGCUGCAGUGUCCCUUUUUUGCUAGGGAACACAGGCAGACGAAGUCCCUUAGGAUGAGAGCUGAGACCUUUCGGGACAUGUCUGGGCAGCAGCUUCUCAGAAUGGGGGUUGUGCGAUUAAGCACUAAAAUGUGGAACAGUAUGAGCAAAACAAAACAGAAACGAGAAAGAUGUGCAUGGUUUUCUGCCCCAGAAUUUAGAGCAGAUUCCCCCCAUACCAACGCUGCUUAUUCCCUGGUCUGUUCUUUAAUGUUGAAUCAGGGCCUCCAAUGCCAAAAAUGCUCUUCCGCCUAGAAGCACCUUCAGUUGUUGAGUCAGUGCCCGCACACUGAGCACUCCCAGCUGCCCCCCCUCCCCCCCAGCACCGCAUUCAUGCACUCUGGCCAAACUAACCUCCACUAACAAUAGGGUCCUGCCCUCCUUUGAGCUCUUUGGUGGUUUACUAGUGGAAAGGGGUACACGGCAGGGUAUUCGUGCCGUCUGCAGCAUUGCCACUCAACAGGCACAGGAGAAAAAUCAGCUACCUGGAAGCACGAAGAUUGGUAACUGCUAUCUCUUUUCUUUCACAGUAUGCAUUAGGAAAAAAAAUUACCCAAAACCAAAGCAGGCCACUUUCUGGAGUACUGUCCUCUUUUAAGUGGGAGUGGGUGCUGCGUGGGAAGUUAACCACCGUGAAGGCCCGAAAGGGAAUAACCGGCAAGAACAGCAGCCUCCGAAAAGUCUCUCCCCUUAUCAGAGUCGCUGGGCAGCCGUAAGCCAGGAUUAGCCGCUCCUAACUGCUUGCUCGUGGCUUAGUGGAAAGGGUCGCCUUCACUCACGGCAGGGCCUUGCGCUACUAACCUCCAGGCACCUCGUAGCUUGGGUUUUGCUUUUAAGUCAGUCCUGGUGAGCUCCCCCCCCCUCAGUGUCUUGUCUGUUACAAGACCAGGGAAGGACGAUGUGUAGGGGAGCUGCCCAUUCCACCCUGUAAGAGAAACGCGGUUGGCACUUUGGUGUGUAGAAUCUGAAAAGAAACAGGACAUCCUUUGCAUUCUGUGUGGCUCCCAAGAAAGGUUUCUGAGUUGCCUGGUGUUAAGCAUGGGCCAGCACCAGCGUGCCUGCCAGUGCAAACUCUGCACCCAGACCCACAAAUGUGGACUGUUACAAGAAAGAACAUUAUUUUCCAAGGAGCUGUUGUCUCAAUUUUUUUAAAAAAAACCUGAAGCCCUCAAAUCUGCACCGCUAUCCCACCCGGGACCGAAUGUUCUCCUAUCCUCAGACAAUCAUGUUAUUUUGCUGCACCCAAAUCUCUCCAAAAUACAAAAAGAAUGGACCUUUUAGAAUGGGCACCAGUGAUUGUCAGCAUUAAGAAUACCCCUUCCUAACGCCACCCCCCCAGGGCCCCCCCCAGUGCACCAGCUCAUCUGUAGGACGGAGUAUUUUAAAUGCACAAUGCCACAGAAGAUUGUAUCAGAGCGGGCAGUGGACACAGUUCAGGCCCCCAAGCUGAAAGCCUGGCCACCUAGAGCCCUGCACAGUGCUCCAAGGUAUUUGGUACAGAAUUCUAAUUACGCAGGCAGCCAACGCAGCCAGAAGCCCACUCCAAGGACCUCAGGCCAAAAGACUGCAUAAAUCCGCCAAGCGGCUGAUCUUUGUCAGAGGCUGGAUCUGUGCCCUUCGGCAGCUAUUUCUAAAGAUGUCAGGGAGGGGGUUCUGAGAGGAGCAUCCUUUGCAGGGGGGGCCCUGUUGCAGAGCAAGGCCUCGCUCAUAGCCCCUGCUAUCAGCCUAGGUUUACAUGGGUUUAUUAUGGUGGGUGAGAUGCUGUUGCGGAGAAGAUCCUGCUGCGCACGGGCUUUUUUUUGGCUCCCCACCCCUCUAGUUGCACAUGCACACUGGGUGACCCAACGCAGCCCGUCACUUAAGGGCUCAGUAGUGGAUUUGACGUACGGAUGUCCCUUACUCUUUUGACUGCCUCCCUGUUCUUUGCU